AUGGCAAAAUCUAUACCAAAACUUGGUUCACUGAAAACUGGACGUAUUGGUUCGCGUAAGCAUCCGCGUAAAAUACCAAAGGGGGUUAUUUAUAUUCAAGCUAGUUUCAAUAAUACCAUUGUGACUGUUACAGAUGUAGGAGGUCGGGUGAUUUCUUGGUCCUCCGCCGGUUCAUAUGGAUUCAAGGGUACACGAAGGGGGACACCAUUUGCCGCUACAACCGCAACGGGAAAUGCUCUUCGAACAGUAGUCGAUCAAGGCAUGCAACGAGCAGACGUCAGCAUAAAGGGUCCUGGUCGAGGAAGAGAUGCGGCAUUAAGAGUUAUUGUUCGAAGUGGGAUACUAUUAAACGUUAUACGGGAUGUAACCCCUAUACCAUAUAAUGGAUGUAGGGCUCCUAAAAAGAGACGUUGGAAGUGUGUUGAAUCAAGGGUAGACAGUAAGCGUCUUUAUUAUGGACGCUUUAUUCUGUCUCCACUUCUGAAAGGUCAAGCAGAUACAAUAGGCAUUGCAAUGCGAAGAAUUUUGCUCGGAGAAAUAGACGGAACAUGUAUCACACGUGCAAAAUCUGAGAAAAUACCACAUGAAUAUUCUACCGUAGUAGGUAUUCAAGAAUCAAUACAUGAAAUUUUAAUGAAUUUGAAAGAAAUUGUAUUGAGAAGUAAUCUGUAUGGAACUCGAGAGGCGUUUAUUUCUUUCAAAGGUCCUGGAUAUGUAACUGCUCAAGACAUCAUUUUACCACCUUCGGUGGAAGUCAUUGAUAAGACACAACAUAUAGCUAACCUAACGGAACCUAUUAAUUUGUGUAUUGAAUUACAAAUUGAGAGAAAGCGGGGAUAUCGUAUAAAAACACUAAACAACAUUCAAGAUGGAAGUUAUACUAUAGAUGCUGUAUUCAUGCCUGUUAGAAAUGCAAAUUAUAGUAUUCAUUCUUAUGUGAAUGGAAAUGAAAAACAAGACAUACUAUUUCUCGAAAUAUGGACAAAUGGAAAAGAAGAAAACUUCAAUUUGGAAAACAAUCAACACAAAAUGACUUGGCCCCUUUUUACUUUUCAUGAUCAUGAUAGAUUCGUUAAGGAUAAACUAACGAACACUCAAAAAGAAAUUACAUUGAAAUCCAUUUUUAUUGACCAAUUAGAAUUGCCUCCCCGGAUCUAUAAUUGUCUUAAAAAGUCCAAUAUACAUACAGUAUUUGAAUUUUUGAAUAAGAGUCAAGAAGACCUUAUGAAAAUUGAACAUUUUCGCAUAGAAGAUUUAAAAAAUAUAUUAAACAUUUUACAAAUCGAAAAUCAUUUUGUAUAA